AAGCGCUUUACCCUCUCAACUGAUACGGUUAUGAGACGAAUUUUGUAAGGGUUCCACGGGGUGAAAUUUGUUGUUCUGAGCUCCUUUCAAACAGUCUGCAGACUGGGCGCUGAAGUCUGUACGUAUCGUAGGACUGAAAGAGAGGAUAGUUACCUGUUAGCUAGAGGACUAACUAGCGAAUUCACUCGAUGUUUCCAGCCAGCCGGUAUUCAGUUCAAGCCCGACGGUGUGUGCGGGCUUUGAAAACCCUUCAGAGUCGUGAACGUGUGUUAUCGCAAGUGUACACAGCGCGAUGGUGCAGCUCGGAGCUGUCCACGCCCAAAAUCACCUCACACUACACAGUCUACCCGCGGGAGAAGGACCCACGAUGGGAGGGCAUAGACAUGGAGCGCUUUGCGGACGAGGCGGACGUGGUGAUCGUGGGAGGCGGCCCUGCGGGGUUGUCGGCCGCCAUCAGACUGAAGCAGCUGGCCAAUGAGCAGGAGAAGGAGCUGCGCGUGUGUCUGGUGGAGAAGGCCUCACAGAUCGGAGCGCACACACUCUCAGGAGCAUGUUUAGAACCGAGCGCGCUCACCGAGCUCAUCCCUGACUGGAAGGAGCGAGGGGCCCCUCUGAACACCCCGGUGACUGAAGACAAGUUUGCCAUUUUAACAGAGAAAUAUAGAAUUCCUGUUCCCAUCCUGCCAGGCUUGCCCAUGAAUAACCAUGGCAACUACAUAGUGCGUCUGGGCCACUUUGUGCGCUGGCUGGGGGAGCAGGCGGAGGAGCUGGGGGUGGAGCUGUAUCCGGGAUACGCCGCUUCUGAGGUUUUGUUUCAUGAGGAUGGAAGUGUGAAGGGAAUUGCAACAAAUGAUGUGGGCAUUGCAAAAGACGGUUCACCAAAGGAUACAUUUGAGAGAGGCAUGGAGCUGCAUGCCAAGGUCACGAUCUUCGGCGAGGGAUGCCAUGGACACCUUGCCAAGCAGUUGUAUAAACACUUCAACCUGCGGGAAAACUGUGAGGCACAGACCUACGCCAUCGGACUCAAAGAGGUGUGGACGAUAGAUGAGAAGAAGUGGCGUCCUGGUCGCGUGGAGCACACUGUCGGCUGGCCGCUCAACAGGAACACGUACGGAGGCUCCUUCCUGUACCACCUCAACGAGGGAGAGCCGCUGGUCGCAGUUGGGUUUGUGGUAGGGCUGGACUACUCCAACCCGUACCUGAGCCCUUUCCGAGAGUUCCAGCGGUGGAAGCACCAUCCAUCUGUGGCUCCAACACUGGAGGGGGGAACCCGCAUCGCUUACGGGGCCAGGGCCCUCAACGAGGGAGGCAUGCAGUCCCUGCCUAAGCUGACGUUCCCAGGAGGGCUUUUGAUUGGCUGCAGCCCCGGCUUCAUGAAUGUUCCCAAGAUCAAAGGCACACACACAGCCAUGAAGAGCGGCAUGCUGGCAGCAGAGACCAUCUUCGCCAAGAUCACCGACGAGAGCCUGGAAUCCGAAACCGCAGGUGUCCAUGUACCGGAAUAUGCGGAAAGCCUGAAGAACUCGUGGGUCUGGAAGGAGCUCCAGGAUGUGCGGAACAUCCGUCCCUCCUUCCACAACUACUUUGGCCUGUACGGAGGAAUCGUGUACACUGGGGUCUUCUACUGGAUCUUCCGAGGGAAGGAGCCCUGGACGCUCAAACAUGCAGGUCUGGACAGUGCGCAGUUGAAGCCAGCGCACCAGUGCACCCCCAUCGAGUACCCCAAACCGGACGGGAAGAUCAGCUUUGACCUGCUGUCGUCGGUGGCGCUGAGCGGGACCAAUCACGAGGGAGACCAGCCUCCUCACCUCACACUCAGGAACGACGGCGUGCCUGUGGCCCAGAACCUCUCCGUCUACGACGGACCAGAGCAGAGGUUCUGCCCAGCAGGUGUGUACGAGUACGUUCCCUUGGAGACGGGCGAGGGCAUGAGGCUCCAGAUCAACGCCCAGAACUGCGUCCACUGCAAGACCUGCGACAUCAAGGACCCGAGCCAGAACAUCAACUGGGUGGUACCGGAGGGGGGCGGUGGGCCCGCCUACAAUGGCAUGUGAUUGGCCUUCUCUCGUCUGUUCCAUGUUUUGUUUUUUUCUUCUAUGCAGGAAUAUGAAGAGGCAUCUAGUUUUUAUUAUCUGUGGGGGCCUUAAAUACACACAUACGCACAGAAUACACACCCGUACUGCUUACAGAGCGACAGUCCAGGCUUAUGGUUUCUGGAGUCCUGAUGAGGCUUUUGAACUGUUUCCCUAUGUGCCUAGAGAUGUACUUGAAACGAGGGGUUCCGACGUGUCUCAAUGGGCAUUGAGCCAGUUUACGUGGCUUUGAUGUGGAGGAGGUAACUUUCAUUAAAUUAUGUGGAAACACACAGGUUGAACAACAGAGGAAAGAUUUAUACACGUUGUUAUUUGUAUGAUUUUGCUGAUACUAAUGUACUGGCCCAAAGAAAGUUGUUUGUUGUUUUUUUUUUAACAAACACAGGUGAACUCUAAUCUCCAACCUACUGGGAAUUAGUUUGAGAAAGGGUCAAAUUCCGCUGCUAGUGUUGUUAGCCUGUUAGCAUUACUGCAGCUCUGUGACAGAUGAACUCUGUUCUGUACAUAGUCAAAGAUUGUCAGUUAAUUGUGGAGAAUAAACAUUUUCUACCACA